AUGCAAGGACGCAUUACCAAAGUACUCAACAUGAAGCCUCACGAGAUUUUGGGCAUGAUCGAAGAAGCCGCCGGAACUAAAUUGUAUGAAGCCAAAAGAACUCUGGCUUUGAACACAAUCCAUAAAAAGCAGUCCAAAGUUGAUGAGAUUGAAAAGCUGAUGGCCGAGGACAUUUUGCCCCAAUUAGAGAAACUACAAAGGGAUAAGCAGAAUUUUCUGGAGUAUAAUAACUGCGAUCGCGAAAUUGAGCGUCGAGAGCGAAAACUCACAGCAUUCACCUACUACAUGUCUUUGAUGAACUCCGAGCACUGCGAGAAAGUUGCUGUGGAAAAAGCAGAAGAAAUCAAAUCACUGGAAGGUGAACUAAGGGAAAUUGAAGCUGUCCUAGAGUCCCAACAGGAAGAUCUCACUCGGCGUGAACUAAGGGAAAUUGAAGCUGUCCUAGAGUCCCAACAGGAAGAUCUUACUCGUGUGGAGGAUGCUAAGAAAAGAGCGUUUUAUUAUUGGGAGGGAAACGUUGCUGAGGAGCUCGCAAGAAUUGAAGCAUGUGAUGAGGAAAAACGUGAAUGUAAAGAAUCUUUUGGAGAGAUUCUAACAGAAUAUGAAGAGAAGCGGAAAUCUCUGAACAACGAAAUCAAGCAAAUGAAGAAGAAGGAGGCUGAUCUAGCUAAGUGGGAGAACGAAAUAGGAUCAAAGGAGGAAGCUUUCAAAACUGCUGAAGAGCUGGCAGUGAAGGCUCGUGAAAAGCUAAACGCAGUUGCGCAAGGCAUGACGACAGAUGACAGUGGCAAUGCUAUCAGUGUCGAAGAGCAAAUCACAGGUCAGUGUUUCAGGGAGUUGUUACUUCACUGA